UUGAAGCAACUGAGGAACUCGUUUCUCAGUUCAACAAUAAUUGAUGCCGUUAUCGAUAUCUUUAUAAUUGUUCUUACUUUUUAUUCCAAUAAUUUACUUGUUUAUAUUCUAAUCUAUUUCUUGUUAAAUCUAGUUAUUUAGUUAUUUAUUGAUUUGAAUAGAAAAAAAGGAAUUUAGAUACAUCAAAAUGUCAGAAUCAUCCAAUUUUUACAAUCUUUCUAAUGCGAAAGUUUAUCAGCCAAAAAUGCGAGCAUUACUAUCGUUGAAUGAAUUUGACACGAAAAUUAAUGAAAAAAAAGGCCUGGGCAAAUUCCAACUUGAUAAGCUACGGAUUGAAGAAGUGCAAGAAUUAAUGAAAAUCACUGCUGUCAAGACAAAAAAUCAAAUACAGAAGAAUAUGAAUGACUAUCGAACUAUACAUCAAUGUCACUUAGGCAUUUCACCAAGACUUUGCUUAGAAAAAAUGAAACAAUUUGCUGAUCAACUGCCAACUAUUGGACUUCUUCCAAAUUGGAAGGAUAAAAUAAAGAAACUUGUACCACAAAAAUUGCAAAAAAAAUUCCGGGAAUCUUUUGAAUCACAUCUGAAAGAGAUUGAGAGUUUAUAUUAUGAUAGAAUUCAUGAAAUUGGAGUGAAUUGUGUGGUACCUUUGGAUUUUAAUUACGAAAUUCUUCGCGAGCAUUAUUUUAGAUUUGAAGGAAGGACAAUUUAUCGGCCUCGAUAUUUAAAAAAUCGCCACAAUUUAGAGAAGAUAUUCUUUUAUUCUCAUAAAUUAAUACGAAACAUUUUUUUACGAGCACAAUCAUUACUUCCUCAUGUCAUUUGUGAUUUGGAAACUUAUCGUCAACUUGGAUUCCUUGAACCGAACAAAUUUUUUAACAUCAUUGAUGAAGACAUUGAUAAAGGAAUUUUAAUUAUCAAGAAUACGUAUUAUGCUAGCAUUGUUACUUUAGUUACAACUAAAAGAUACGUCAAUGAUAUUCCACCAAAAUUAUUACUUCAAUUUCUUCAAGCUGCUUCGAAAUUAAUGUCUUAUCAAAUAAUCAAGAUGCUUAUAAACAGCAUCAAUCAUAUGUUAAAUAUUCUAGAUGAUGAUCUGGCUAGACCAUGUAUAAAAUUUCAAUUAAAAUAUGAGAAUAAUAAUAUCGUUAUUAUUCCUUUGAAAGAAGAAUUUUAUGAACGAUUUCAUAUGGUAUUGGAUAGAAUCAGUCAUGCUGGAUCAUCUUUAAAUUGUUUGGAAUUAUGGUUGGCAAUGAAAUCAGAUAAUGAGCUUAUUUCAGCUGCUGUUCCUGACUGGUUUAUGCAAGAAUCACAUGAACGAUUGACAUUUAUUUUAGAAAAGCUUUGGAAAUCUCUAGAUAAUUGUGUUGUAAAUUUUCAAAAUAAGUUUGAAAUUAUUUACAAUUUAGAAAGUUACACAGAAAUUGACCAGUUCAUUAGCAAAGAGCAUACUUUUGAAGAAUAUCUGAAGAGAAUUCAAGAUUUAAAUAAGAUUAUCAGUGAAAUUGAUGGGCUAUCUGAAAAUGAGUAUGUAGAAAUAGGAAAAAUCUAUCAAGGCGGUACUAAAAUUGGUUUAAAAAAUCAUGUCAAAAGAAUGCGAGAGAAUCUUAUUCGACAAUUAUUAAAAAUUCAUCAGGAUUUUAAUCAUCAAAUUUGUUUUGAGUUUGAAAUAAUUCAAAACCGAGCUUUAACGAUGCCCAAAACUACUAAAGAACUUCUUGAAUUAGGACAGUAUAUGAUUUAUAUAAAUACAACAUUUAUGGAAGAAGUGAUAAAUAAAAUUAAGUCCUCAAUUUCAAACAUGAUUUCUCUAAUGGAAAUGACGAACUUUGAUCCUAGUGAUUAUAAACUGAAUACAAAAACUGUAAGCUGGUUAUCAAACAUUAAAGAGAUACUUAAACAAAGUAAUACUUUAUAUGAACAGACAAAGUUUGAUCUUGAAGAGCAGUUGCGAGGAAAGAUUAAUGAUUUAAAUUUUGAAAUAAGUGAAAUAUUUUCGCGAUUAGUAAUAAUGAAUGAUAUGGAUGAUGCUGAUCGAAUUCGGGAGUACAUUGAAGACAUGAGGAAAUUUACUCUUGCAUUAGAGAAAUUUGAUGAACAAGUGAAGUGGAUAAAUAGUGAGGAAAGUCUUUUUGGUUUCCCUCAAACCGUCUACCCUGGAAUACUAGUGUUAAAUAAAUUAAUUACGCCAUUUUAUCAAUUAAUUUAUCUAGCUCUUAAAUGGCAACGAGAAAGUGGAGCCUGGUUAGAUGGUCCAAUGGAGUACCUUGAUGGUAAUAUUAUUGAAACUCGUACAGCUGAAUAUUACGCUGAAUUUAGUAAGAUAUCUAAAUCUUUUCGUGCUAAAUUAAAACAUCAAAUGGCUGAUGAGUAUUCUAAUAUUUUUACUGGAUUUGUUGAUGAUCCGGACCCUUCUAAACAGCCUACUCCUGUAAAACUAUGUACUCAAUUACUUGACAAUGUUAAAUGGUUUCAAAAGUAUCUUCCAAUAGCAACUUGCUUUCUUAAUCCUGCUCUCCAACAGAGACAUUGGGAUGAAAUAUCUAGUAUUGUUGGUGUUGAUGUUACUCCAGAUGCUGGUACAACUCUCCGAAAAAUUAUCAAUCAAAAUUUGACCAAAGAUUUAGAUAAGUUUAUUGAGAUAAGUAUUGGGGCAUCAAGAGAAUUAUCUUUUCAAAAAUUGUUUACUAAGAUUACCCAAGAGUGGGAAGUGAUGACAUUUAGUACACUUGCUUACAAAGAUGUUGGUACUAUUUUAACUCAAGUAGAUGACGUUCAGACAAUUCUUGAAGAGCAUAUUGUAAAAAUCCAGAUGAUGAGAGGUUCAGCUUUUUCUAAACCUAUUGAAAAUGACGUUAAAAUUUUCUAUGACCUUCUUUUGAUGAUUCAGAAGACUAUCAACGAAUGGACACAAGUUCAGAUGCAAUGGAUGUACCUGCUACCAAUUUUUUCUAGCAAGGAUAUCGUUAGUCAAUUGCCAGAGGAAGGACUGAUGUUUGAACAAGUUAAUAAAAUUUUCAGAGAUGCCAUGAAGUCUGUAGAUCGCAAUCCUCAAGUUAAAAAUUCUGCAGGAUCUGAAAGGCUUUACAGAGUCAUGAAAAGAGCUAAUGAAUUAUUAGAAAAAGUCAACGAUGGAGUUAUUAAUUAUUUAGAAAAGAAACGAUUGUUUUUUCCACGAUUUUUUUUCCUUAGCAAUGAUGAUAUGCUUGAAAUCCUGUCGGAAACAAAAGAUCCUUCAAAGGUACAACGUCAUUUGAAAAAAUGCUUUGAAGGAAUAGCAAGACUUGGUAUCAAUGAAAAUGAUGAAAUUCUAUCAAUGAUCAGUGAUGAUAAAGAAGAAAUAAACUUUCAAAAAAUUAUUUGUACCAAAGAUGCUAAAGGUUGCGUUGAACGAUGGCUAAUCCAAGUAGAAGAGCAGAUGAUAAAAUCUAUAAAACAUGAAAUCAUGAUGAGUUAUUAUGAUUAUGAAAGUACUACAAGAGCUCGAUGGGUGUUGAUGUGGCCAGGACAAGUGGUACUUUGUGUUUCACAAAUUUACUGGACUGCAGCUGUUCAAAAUUGUUUUUCAACUCAUAUGGUUUCACCUCUUCAGAUACUCUAUGAGAAUCUAAAGGUCCAAAUGGUUGAUAUGAUUAAUUUAGUUCGAGGACAGUUAAAAGCACAAAAUCGCACGACUCUCAAUGCUUUGAUUACAAUAGACGUUCAUGCUCAAGAUGUGGUAAAGCUAUUGAUCGAGAAGGGAAUUGUAAGUGAGACAGACUUCGAGUGGUUGGCACAAUUACGUUAUUAUUGGAAAGACAAUGUACUUAUAAAAAUUAUUAAUGCCACCGUACCUUAUGCCUAUGAAUAUUUAGGAAAUUGUUCGAGACUUGUUAUCACUCCUCUUACAGAUCGAUGCUACAGAACUUUGAUUGGAGCUUAUUCUCUUCAUUUGAAUGGAGCUCCUGAAGGUCCAGCAGGAACGGGAAAAACAGAAACGACGAAAGACCUAGCACGAGCAAUAGCUGUUCAAUGUGUUGUCUUCAACUGCUCAGAAAGUUUAGAUUACAAAAACAUGGGGAAAUUUUUCAAAGGACUAGCAUCGUGUGGAGCUUGGGCCUGUUUCGAUGAAUUUAAUCGAAUCGAAUUAGAAGUACUUUCUGUAGUAGCACAGCAGAUUUUAUGUAUUAUUCAAGCUGUCAGAGCGAACCUAACAACAUUUGUCUUUGAAGGAACUGAGUUAACUUUAAAUCCUGCGGUUUACAUUUGUAUCACAAUGAAUCCUGGGUAUGCAGGUCGUUCUGAGCUUCCUGAUAAUCUUAAAGUUCUUUUCAGAACUGUUGCCAUGAUGGUACCAGACUAUGCCAUGAUUGCUGAAAUUUUUCUUUACUCUUCCGGUUUCUACGAAGCAAGAACUUUAGCUGUAAAAAUUGUAUCUACAUUCAAACUGUGUUCAGAACAACUUUCUACUCAAGCUCACUAUGAUUAUGGAAUGAGAGCAGUUAAAGCUGUUUUAACUACAGCACAAAAUUUAAAAUCAAAAUUCCCUGAUGAAGAUGAAUUAGUUCUGAUUCUUCGAUCAAUUGUUGACGUAAACCUGCCUAAAUUUUUAUCCCAUGACAUUCCAUUGUUUCAAGGAAUUAUAUCUGAUUUAUUUCCUGGAGUAAAUUUACCAUCUCCUGAUUAUGAAAUGUUAAUAAAAGCUCUACAAACAAUUGCUGAUCAACGAAAUCUCCAAUUAUAUGACGGAUUUCUACUCAAAAUAAUUCAAACUUAUGAAAUGAUGAUAGUCCGAUAUGGCUUAAUGCUAGUUGGUGGUCCUUUUGGAGGUAAAACAUCUGUUUUACAUACUCUAGCUGAUGCAUUGACGUUGGUGGACAAGUGGAAAAAUGUCGAUGAUAUUUCAACAAUUUACACGACUAUAAAUCCAAAGUCCAUUUCUAUAGGACAGCUUUAUGGACAGUUUGAUCAUAUUUCUAGCGAAUGGACUGACGGAGUUAUUUCAAAAAUAUUUCGAAAAUUUAGUUCUGAUGAAUCUUUGUCCAGAAAAUGGAUCAUUUUUGAUGGACCAGUUGAUGCAGUAUGGAUAGAAAACUUAAAUACAGUCCUUGAUGAUAAUAAGAAAUUAUGUUUAACUUCUGGAGAAGUGCUACAAAUGACAGGAACUAUGUCAAUGGUAUUCGAAACAAUGGAUCUGCUUCAAGCAUCACCAGCUACCGUCUCCAGAUGUGGUAUGAUUUACAUUGAGCCUCAGGUGUUUAAUUGGAAAUAUUUUAUAGAAUCUUGGUAUAAUACAUUAAACUUAAAAUGGGCUAAAGGUAGCAUGACUUUAAUAAAAGAUCUUUUUGAAUGGCUAAUUGAUAUAUGCUUGGAGUUCACUCUAAAAAAGUGUCGAAUUUCUCUCUAUUCUGGACAGUUAAAUCAAUUUAUGUCGACUUUAAGUUUAUUCCAAAUAUUUUGCGACGAUGCAAUGGAAGAAAAUGGAGCGGAAAAAAAUAUUGAAAGCUAUAUCAGCUCUUGGAUCCAAGCUGCAAUGAUGUUGGCAGUGGUUUGGGGAAUCGGAGGUACUUUGGAUGCAGAUUCUCGAGUUCAUUUUAAUCAUUUCUGUGCUAGUCUUUGGAAAAAUCAAGUUGAAACACAUCCAGUACCUUCAAGUGUUGCAGAAGAUUUGAUUUCAUUACCAUCAGAAGGCAUGAUUUAUGAUAAUUAUUAUACUUUUAAAGGUAAAGGAGCAUGGAAGACGUUUGAAGAUAACUUGAAGAAUGAAAAAGUUCUUGAAAAACUUAGUAUUAAUCAGAUAGUUGUUCCAACAGUUGAUACUCUAAGAUAUCAAUACCUCUUUUUGAAGCAUAUCAAACAUGGAAGAAGAUUUUUAUUCUAUGGAGAAACAGGAACAGGAAAGAGCUUUUAUAUUCAAAACAUUAUAAUGAAUAAGUUAGAUCAGAAGAGCUAUUUACCAAAUAUGAUCACCUUUACACCACAAACAACAGCAGCUGAGACUCAAGAAUUAGUUAUAAAUAAAUUAUUUAGACAUAAAAAAAAUAUGUAUCGUCCAAUUGAUACAUCUUGUUGUAUUGUUUUUAUUGAUGACAUUAACAUGUCUGCUAAAGAAACAUAUGGAGCUCAACCAGCCAUUGAAUUACUUAGACAAGUGUUUGAUCAUAAUCAUUGGUAUGACUUGAAACAAGUAGAAAAAAUGUAUAUUUUAGAUACGAUAUUUAUUUGUGCAAUGGCACCACCAGGAGGUAGUAGGCAAGAAAUUUAUCAAAGAUUUCUCAGGCAUUUCAAUUUAUUUUCAAUCAAUCAUUUUUCUGAUAAAAGUAUUUUACGAAUUUUCACUCAUUUAUCACUAAUUGGGUUAAAACGUAAUGGAUUUGCCUCGGAUAUUAACACUGUAAUUGAUGAAAUUGUAAACGCAACUUUAGAAGUUUUUAAAAGAGUAGGUAAUGAAUUGAGACCAACUCCAAUGAAGUCUCAUUAUUUAAUUAAUUUACGAGAUUUUGCUAAAGUUAUUAUUGGCUGUAUUAUGAUUAGAAAAGAGUCUGUAGUAUCAAAAACUACUUUUACCCGUCUGUGGGUUCAUGAGACUUUAAGAAUAUUUGGUGAUCGCUUAGUUGAUCAGAAAGAUCGACAUUGGCUUUUUUUACAAAUAAAACAUGCUGUUCAACAUUCGUUGAAGGAAUCGUUUGAUACAGCUUUCAAUAACUUACCAAAGUUUGAGGGUCAAUUGACAGAAGAGAGUCUGGAAGAUUUAAUUUUUGGAAACUUUAUGAACAUUGAUGUACCGGUGAUAGACAGAAGAUAUGAAGAAGUAUCUGUGAUGAAAGAUUUUGAAGAGAUAGCUUUUCAAUGUAUUGAAGAUUACAAUUUAAGUCAUACUACUAAAUUAGAAAUAAUUCCAUUUAAAUUUGCUUUGAAACAUUUAGCAAGAAUAAGUAGAGUUCUAGCGAUUCCUGGAGGAAGUUUAUUGAUGAUUGGGCUUAAAGGAUCUGGACGACAAUCCUUGACAAGAUUAGCAGCUCAUAUGACAAGCUAUCAACUGUUCCAAUCUAAGAUUGGUAAUUUAUAUGAUCUAGAUGAGUGGAGAGAAGACAUUAAAAAAAUUCUAAAAAUGUCUGGUGGUACUGGAAAAGAUGUGGUAUUUCUUUUUACUGAAGAGCAGAUAAAAAAUGAAGUAUUUCUAAGUGAUAUUAACAGCUUGUUAAAUUUAGGAGAAAUUCCGAAUUUAUUUAAUCCAGAAGAGAAGCAAGAAAUAAUAGAAAUGUGUCGAUUGGCAGCUCAAAAUAAUGAUAGAAAUUUAGAUUUAUCAGUGCUGACAAUUUUAUCAUAUUUUGUUAAUCGUUGUAAAGAAAAAUUACACCUUAUGCUGUGUUUCAGUUCUAUUGGAGACAAAUUACACGCUAGAAUAAGAUUAUUUCCAAGUAUUGUUAACUGUUGUACAAUCGAUUGGUUUGAAGUUUGGCCUGAGGAGGCUUUGGAACAAGUCUGUGUUAAAUUUAUCACAAAUAUCAAUAUCACAGAAAGCGAUAAAAUUAAUGUUGUUCAGGCUUGCAAGUACUUUCAUAGUUGUGCCAAAAAUGUUAGUGAUAACUUUUAUCGAUCUUCUGGAAGGAAAACAUAUGUUACAACAACAACCUUCUUGGAUUUAAUUAGAGUUUAUGAAAAAUUAAUGAGUGAAAAGCAGAAUGAAAUAAUACACCUGAAGGAUAGGUAUUUAAAUGGUGUAAAUAAAUUAAUUUUUGCUGCUAAACAAAUAGAAAAAAUAAAAGAAGAUCUUCAAAAAUUAAAGCCUGGACUUGAAGAAUCUGCUAAACAAACAACUGAAAUGAUGAAAAUAAUUGAAGCUGAAAAUAUAACAGUAGAAAAAACGAUGGCUUUGGUGAAGAAGGAUGAAGAUUCUGCUAACUAUCAAGCAGAAAUAGCUAAAGCUUUAAAAGCUGAAUGUGAAGCAGAUCUUGCUGAAGCUCUUCCUGUUCUUGAAGAAGCUCUAGAAGCUUUGAAUAUUCUUAAACCAAGUGAUAUAUCUUUUAUUAAAGUCAUGAAAAAUCCACCAGCUGGAGUUAAACUUGUCAUGUCAGCAAUCUGUGUAAUGCUUCAAAUUCCACCUGAUAGAAAAAUCAUCCCAGAAACUGGGAAAACUUCAUUAGAUUAUUGGACUCCAAGCAAAAAACUCCUAAGUGAUAUAAAAUUCCUUGAACAUUUACGGAAUUAUGAUAAAGACAAUAUACCUGAAAAAAUUAUCCAUGAAAUCAAGAAAACUUAUUUAUCCAAUCCAAAUUUUACACCUUCAGUCGUUGCAAAAGCUUCUCAAGCAGCUCAAGGUUUAUGCAAGUGGGUUCGUGCUAUAGUACUUUAUGAUAAAGUUGCUAAAGAAGUGGCACCAAAAAAAGCUCAACUGGAGAUAGCAGAAAAAGAUUAUUCAAAUAUCUUAGCUGUGCUUGAAGAGAAACGACAAUCAUUGUUGGAACUUAAUGAAAAAUUAUCAGAACUGAAGACGAAUCUCCAGACAAUUCUAGAGAAGAAAACUGACUUAGAAAACCAAGUGUCCAAUUGUAAAAAUCAAUUAAUUCGAGCUGAAAAACUUAUUAGUGGGUUGGGUAAUGAGAAAGAUCGAUGGACAAUGAUGGCAGAAAGACUUCAGAUCUCUUAUAAUACUUUACCAGGAGAUAUUCUAAUUUCUUCUGGUAUUAUAGCGUACUUGGGACCCUUUACAUCUAAUUAUCGAUCAGAUUGUGUCGAUAAAUGGACUGCUUUCGUCAAGAAUUUAAAUAUUUCUUGCUCUGACAGUUAUAAUUUUAUCAAUAACCUAGGUUCUGAUGUUGAAAUAAACUCAUGGAAUAUUUUUAGCUUGCCUCGUGAUUCGUUUUCAACAGAGAAUGCAAUUAUUAUGAGCAAUUCAAAGAAAUGGAGUUUAUGUAUCGAUCCUCAAAGCCAAGCAAAUAAGUGGAUUCGGAACAUGGAAAAAUUAAGUGAACUUGAAGUAGUUAAAUUAAAUGAUAAUUACAUGAAAAUAAUUGAACAGUGUAUUGAAUAUGGUAAACCAGUUUUAAUUGAGAAUAUUCUUGAAGAGUUGGAUACUUCAUUAGAUCCUAUAUUAAUGAAGAAUAUCUACACUAUUAAUAAAGCAUAUUACAUUACUUGUGGAGAAAAAGUAAUAUCUUAUGAUCCAAGAUUUAGAUUAUAUAUGACUACUAAAUUACGUAAUCCACACUUCUUGCCGGAAGUUUAUAAUAAAGUGACAUUAAUAAAUUUUGCUCUAACAACUGUAGGUCUUGAAGAUCAGUUAUUAGAAAUUGUUGUAGCCAAAGAGAGGCCUGAUCUUCAAGAAAAACGAGAACAAUUGAUUGUUCAAAAAGCAACGAACCUAAAGACUUUGCAGGAAAUUGAAGAUAAUAUUUUAAAAACUCUCUCUACAAGUGGAUCAAAGAUUCUAGAUGAUGAAGAAGCUGUAGAAAUUUUAGACUCAUUGAAAAUAUUAUCGGUAAAUAUAUUAAAAAAACAAGAAUCUACCAAAGAAACAGAACGAAAGAUUGAAGUUUUCCGAUGUAAUUAUAAAUCCUUUGCAAAUUAUAGUUCUUUUCUUUUUUAUACUCUUACUGAUUUACCAAACAUCAAUCCAAUGUACCAAUUUUCUCUAACUUGGUUUAUUAAUCUUUAUAUUAUUUCCAUUGAGACUGCUAAUAAAAGUAAAAUUCUCAAGCAAAGAUUGAUAUUCUUAAGAGAUACUUUUACUUAUAAUCUCUAUCAGAAUGUUAGCAGAUCUCUAUUUGAAAGAGACAAGUUGUUAUAUUCUUUUUUGUUGUACACAACUAUUUUAUCAGUAAACCAAGAAAUAAAGAAAGAAGAAUAUAAAUUUUUCUUAUCUGAAGGGAUAAUAGUAGGAAAAGUUGAAGAAAAUCCAGCUAAAGAUUGGCUUCCGGCACGCUAUUGGGAGGAAAUAUGUCGUCUUGAUAGUCUUCCUUCAUUUGCAGGAUUUCGUGAAGAUUUUAAAAAUAAUUUAAAUAUUUGGAAACAAUUUUAUGAUUCAACUUCUCUAACAGAUGUGUUUAUUCCUGAAUAUUGGAAUAAAAGAUUGUCAGAUUUUCAGAAGUUAUUUAUCAUCAAAGCAGUCAAGCCGGAUAUUAUUACUAAAGAGAUCAUGAAAUUCAUAGAGAAAGGACUAGGACAAAGAUUUAUCACUCCACCGACUUUUGACAUAUCAAAGUCUUUCUUAGAUUCAAACUGUUUAACUCCUCUAAUAUUUAUUCUCCGUCCUGGGUUUGAUCCCAUGAGGGCUUUAGCUAACUUUGCUGCCACUAUGAACUUUUCUUCCAAAUUUGACUCCACUUCUUUAGGUCAAGGUCAAGGCCCCAAAGCACAAAGAUUGAUAGAAGAGGCUAAAGGUUCAGGUUCUUGGGUUUGUCUUCAGAAUUGUCAUCUUGGAGUAUCGUGGUUGCCCACUUUAGAAAAAAUUUGUGAAAAAAUGGACACAACAAAUACAAAUGCUGAUUUUAGACUAUGGUUGACAAGUUAUCCUUCGGAAGAAUUUCCAAUUUCUAUUCUUCAAAAUAGUGUAAAAAUAAUUGAUGAACCACCGACGGGUUUACAGCAAAAUUUAUUACGAUCGUAUACUUCAGAACCAGUAAAUAAUCCAGAAUUUUACGAAGGCUGUCCUGGGAAAGAAAAAGUGUUUUCAAGACUCCUAUAUGGCUUAUGUUUCUUUCAUGCUUUGGUACAAGAACGAAGGAAUUAUGGAGCCCAGGGAUGGAAUAUUAAAUAUGAAUUCAAUGAAUCUGAUUUUCAGAUAUCUGUUUGUCAACUGAAAAUAUUUAUCAACGACUAUGAUGAGAUUCCUAUCAAAGCAAUUACUUAUUUAACUGGAGAAUGUAAUUACGGAGGCAGAGUAACAGAUGACCGAGAUCGUCGAUGUUUAAUGACAAUUUUACAAGAUUUCUAUAAUGAAGAUAUAAUAAAUGAUAAUAGUUACACAUUUUUAAAUGGACUUGAAUAUAGUUUACCGAAAAAAAAUGAUUACCAAAGCUAUUUAAAAAAAAUUCAAGCUCUCCCUUCAAGUCCAUCACCCGAAGUUUUUGGUCUUCACUUCAAUGCAGAGAUUAGUCGUAAUCUAGAGAUUUCCAAAACCUUUUUUGAUUCGAUGAUGAAAAUCCAAGGUUCUACUGUAGUUAGAGAUAGUUAUGAACAAGAUGAAUUUUUGAUCAAACUCAAGAAUGAUAUUUAUGAUAAGCUUCCACCACUUUUUGAUCUUGAUGAGGCUAAAAAAAUGUAUCCAGUUUCUUAUGAAGAAUCAAUGAACACAGUUCUUGUUCAGGAAAUCGAAAGAUUUAAUAUCCUCCAUAGAGAAAUACGCAGGUCACUAGAGAUAAUGGAAAAAACUGUGCUGGGAAUGAUAGUAAUGACUGUUGAAAUGGAGACUUUCAUUCAACAAAUUUUAAAUGCUAAACUUCCUUCAAGAUGGAUGCAAGCCAGUACUUAUCCCAGUUUAAAGUCUCUUUCAGGUUUUAUAAAUGAUUUCAUUGAGAGAUUAAAUUUUUUCAAAAAGUGGUUGGACCAUGGAAAGCCUUCAAGUUUUUGGAUAUCAGGAUUUUCAUUUAUCCAUGGAUUUCUGACUAGUGUUUUACAAAAUUUUGCUCGAAAGUAUCAAAUGUCAAUUGACAAAGUAGAUUUAGACUUUGAGGUGAUGUCUGUUUACACAAUCUCAGAGGCUCCUGUCGAUGGAGUUUAUGUCUAUGGAAUGUAUUUAGCUGGCGGUAGAUGGGAUAUAGAUAAAACAGUUCUCGUUGAGAGUCAACCGAAAGUGCUAUGGGAUUUGAUGCCUAUUGUUUGGCUUAAGCCAAGCGAAAUUUCAUGUAUAAAGAUAGGAAAACGAUAUGAGUGCCCUUUAUACAUAACAUCAGCACGAUUUGGUACACUGAAAACAACGGGACAUUCAACUAAUUACGUUUUAAUGAUUUUGCUUGACACAGAAUUACCAGUGAGUCAUUGGAUCAAACGAGGCCUUGCUCUUUUAUGUCAACUAGAUGAUUGAGGAAGAUUCUUCGUUUAACUAGCUCGUUUAACUUUUUAAAAUAAUAUUCAACUAAGUAGACUUAUUAUUAUUCGGAUGAUUCUGUUGGAAGUGUGUUUAAUUAAUAAUCUAGGAAGUUCGUCAAAGCCACACCCUUUGAAGUUUGAAAAUAAAAAACAAGAAAAUG